AGGUCCCAUUUCUUGUGGGGCCAGUGGCACUUCCUAGUGUUGACCACCAGGCGGCGUCGCAGCCCUGGGGUUCACUUGUGCAGAGAGCGGCCAGCUGAUGCUUGUAACCCUGCUACCCCUCCAGCCUGGCGGGGGUGCCAUCUGCUCACACUGUGGAGGACACACGGAGGUGGACCUCCAGUCUGGAGAGUGGGAUUGGGCAAGAGGCUGGAGCAAGACGUCUUGGUCGGAGCCAGGCCUGGGGGGAGUUUCCAAGCACAAACCCAGAAUGAAACCCAAGCUGUGAUCAGCUCCAGAAGGAGGCCCAGUUCUCAGGGAACAGUGAACUGGAAGAGGUCCCCAGAUCCCAAGGGUCAGGGCUUGGAGUGGUGAGCGGCUGGAGAGCGCAGCCCAGCCAGAGGGGCCUGGCGAGGAGCAGCUGCCGCCUCCUUCCCCAUGAGCCCGCCCCUCCCUCCUUCCCCCAGAGUCUGCAAACUCCUGUACUCCUGUCAUGUCUGGCUGAGGAGCUCUGAAAGGCUGGCGGGUGUGGGCAGGGGAGGAGGGAUCACAGCCUGAUGGCCAGAUAGCCCCCUGACCAGGGAGCAUCAGCAGGGACCCCUGAGGGCAGGGGCACAGGAGCCAGGGGAGGCCAGGUCUGGGCUCUCCUUCAUGAGACAGGAAAACUUGGCGAUUCUAAAGGGCCCACAGGAAGCAGGGUUCUGUGUCUGCAGUGUCUGGGCCCUGUGCCCUGGAAGGCGGUACCUCUGGGUCCCCCGGGGACAGGAUGGAGGCUGGGCUGGUGGGGUGUGUCAAUCUCCUCAGCCUUCAUUUUGGCCCUAGAGGAAAGGCCAUGUUUGCAGGAGAGAAGACUGAAGCCUGAGGGGUUAGUCUUGCUCCGGGUGGAGAGUCAUGGCCCAAGGCCACAAGGCCACAGUCAGCAUGGUCCUGCUGGGGUUGGGGCUGGCCCUGGCCAUCACUGUGUCCGCUGUGGUCCUCUCUCGCCGCCAUGCCCGCUGCGGGCCCCAGGCCUUUGUCCAUGCCGCGGUUGCCGCUGACUCCAAGGUCUGCUCAGACAUUGGGCGAGCCAUCCUCCAGAAGCGUGGCUCACCCGUGGAUGCCACCAUCGCGGCUCUGGUCUGCACCGGAGUCGUUCACCCUCAGAGCAUGGGCCUGGGCGGAGGAGUCAUCUUCACCAUCUACAAUGCAACCACGGGGAAGGUGGAAGUCAUCAAUGCCAGGGAGACAGUGCCCACCAACUACAUCCCAGAUCUGCUGGACCAGUGUGAGCAGGCCCAGCCACUGGGCACAGGGGCCCAGUGGAUCGGAGUGCCCGGUGAGCUCCGCGGCUACGCAGAGGCCCACCGCCGCCACGGCCGCCUGCCCUGGGCACAGCUGUUCCGGCCCACCAUCGCCCUGCUCCGAGGGGACUACCGCAUGCCCUCCGUCCUCAGUCAGUUCCUGCAGAAUGACUUCCUCAGGCCUUCCUUAUCCAAGACGUCCCUGAGGCAGCUCUUUUUCAACGGCACAGAACCCCUGAGGGCUCAGGACCCAUUCCCCUGGCCCGCACUGGCCGCCACCCUGGAAACCGUGGCCACAGAGGGUGCAGAGGCCUUCUACACGGGGACGCUGGGCCAGACGCUGCUGGAGGACAUUGCCAACCAAGGCAGCCGGCUGACCCGGCAGGACCUGGCUUCGUUCCAGCCCGAGGUGGUGGAGGCCCUGGCGAUGCCCCUGGGGAGCUACACCCUAUACUCACCGCCGCCGCCUGCAGGGGGCGCGAUUCUCAGCUUCGUCCUCAAUGUGCUCAGAGGGUUCAACUUCUCCUCGGAGUCGGUGGUCAGGCCCGAGGGGAGUGUGAACUUGUACCAUCACCUUGUGGAGACGCUCAAGUUUGCUGGGGGACAGAGGUGGCGGCUGUGGGACCCCCGCAGCCACCUGGAGAUCCAGAACGCUUCCCAGGACCUGCUGGGAGAGGCUUUGGCCCAGCAUAUCCGCCAGCAGAUCGACACUCGGGGUGACCACCAGCUCAGCCACUACGGCCUGGAUGGGCCCUCGGGCCACAGGAUGGGCACGUCGCAUGUGUCUGUGCUGGCGGAGGAUGGCAGUGCUGUGGCAGCCACCAGCACCAUCAACACACCCUUUGGAGCAAUGCUGUACUCACCACGCACAGGCAUCCUCCUCAACAACGAGCUUCUGGACUUAUGCUGGAGGCGCCCCCUGGGCUCGAAAGUCACCCCCCAACCUGUUCCAGGUGAGCGGCCUCCAUCAUCCAUGGUUCCCUCCAUCUUCAUCAACACAGCCGAGGGGUCAAAGCUGGUGAUAGGCGGGGCCGGUGGGGAGCUCAUCAUCUCUGCUGUGGCACAGGUUAUUAUAAAGAAGUUGUGGCUUGGCUUUGACCUGAGGACUGCCAUUGCAGCCCCUAUCCUACAUGUCAACAGCAAUGGCCAAGUGGAAUAUGAACCCAACUUCAGCCAGGAGGUGCAGAAGGGGCUCCAGGACAGGGGCCACAACCAGACUGAGAGGCUCUUCUUCCUGAACGUGGUCCAGGCCGUGUCCCAGGACGGGGCCUGUGUGUAUGCCGCAGCGGACCCGAGAAAAGGUGGGGAGGCCUCAGGCUACUGAGCAGACUGCUCCUGAGAGCUGCAGUCUGGCCCCCCAUCAGCCUGUGCGCAGGCUGGCCUUGGCCACAGGACCAAGCAUUCGAGCAGGAUCUGGACCCUUCGGCAGAGGGUUGGCCUGAGGCUGCAAGAGGUGUGGACAGCUUGAAAGUCGGAUGACUGUGAGGGAUGAGCCAUCUCCCAGAGCCCCUUGCAGCCCUUCCCUGGCCCCCCAAGCCUUCACUAAGCCUCUCACCCAGGACUGUGGCCCACCUUCCCCCCAGGCCACACUCCCCAUCUGUAUACCCUUUAGUCCAAGAUUAAAGAGCAGGGUGGACCUCA